GUUCCAAUUUUUCGUAUGCUCUGGGGGAUGCAAUACCCUGUGGUCGUGCACGGCAUUCAGAAGAAGCUCCAGGGGAAUUGGGCACCCCAGAGUUUUGCUCAGUCCUAUGGGGACGAAGAAGCGCUGAUGCUCCACAGCGCCUCACCCACUGCGCAAAAAGUCACGGUGAAGACCUUCUUUACAGAGUUUGUCCGGAGCCACGAAGAGAGGGGUGGUACCAUAAAACUGAAAGAUUGGCCGCCCUCCGCAUCUUUCGCGGACUUACUGAAGCCACUCUGCAAGGCUUUCUUCGACGCGGUCCCGAUGGCCGACUACACGGGUCCAGAUGGAAUACUCAACUUGAUCACGCAUUACCCUGAGCCGCUACGAUCUAGCGCAACGAUGCCCGACGUCGGACCGAAAUUGUAUUCCUCAACACAAGAUGUUGCCGGCGUUGGAUCGACGAAGCUGCACCUCGAUGUCACCAGUGCGGUCAAUAUACUAGUGCACACCUCUGGCGAGGGGGUACCGGGCGCUUUGUGGCAUAUCUUCCUGGCCGCGGACACGGACAAACUACGCGCAUACCUACGUAGCAAAUCCGACUCUGGAGAUGACGAAGACCCCGUUCACGCCCAG